AAAAUCAGCUGAAAACCACCACCUCAUUGCGAAAACAAAUAAAAGCUGAAUUUAAAUACACAGUCAACCUUGCAGACGGAGCCCCAAUAAAAUUUAAACAAAACGGGAGAGACGAGAAAAGAAUUCGAACGCGCAUACACGAAGAAGCCGAAAGCGUGUGCACGACUCCCCGAACAAGAACCGUCGUCUUGUGUAUAUAAACCCCCGAUUCACCCAGCCGGCGGCAUCAUUCAUCAGCGCAAUCGAUCGAUCACACGGCUGCGAAUCGCGAGAGCGCUUGGCGAAUACAAUGGCAAUGCACGGGAUGAGGAAGAAGGCCUCGCCGUCGCCGUCGCCGUCGCCGGCGGCGGCGGUGGUCAUGGCCCUGGUCCUGUCGUCGGCGGUGGCGGCGGUCUGCGGCCAGCCGCAGCCGGCGGGGAAGCAGACGGCGGCGAACAACCCGCGGCUGCAGCGGGCGUACGUGGCGCUGCAGGCGCUGAAGCGCGCCAUCACGGAGGACCCCAAGAACCUGACGCGCGGGUGGUGCGGCCCCGACGUGUGCGCCUACUUCGGCGUGUUCUGCGCGCCGGCGCCGGAUGACCCGCACGCGCUCACCGUCGCCGGGCUGGACCUGAACCACGGCGACCUCGCGGGCACGUUCCCGGAGGAGCUGGGCCUGCUGUCGGACCUCGCGCUGCUGCACCUCAACUCCAACCGAUUCGCCGGCGGGCUGCCGGAGUCGCUGCCCAAGCUGCACCUCCUCCACGAGCUGGACGUCAGCAACAACCGCCUCUCCGGCGGCUUCCCGCAGCACAUCCUCUGCCUGCCCAACGUCAAGUACGUCGAUCUCCGGUUCAACAACAUGUGCGGGCCCGUGCCGCCGGCCAUCUUCGACAAGCCGCUCGACGCGCUCUUCCUCAACGACAACCACUUCGACUUCGAGCUGCCGGAGAACCUCGGCAACUCGCCGGCGUCGGUCGUCGUGCUCGCCAACCUGCGCCUGCGCGGCUGCAUCCCGCAGAGCGUCGGCCGCAUGGCCGGCACGCUCAACGAGCUCGUCAUCCUCAACGCCGGCCUCCGCUCCUGCAUCCCGCAGGAGGUCGGCUGGCUCCGCGAGCUCACCGUGCUCGACCUCAGCUUCAACCAGCUCCAGGGCAUGCUGCCGGAGUCCAUGGCCGGCAUGCACAAGCUCGAGCAGCUCGACGUCGCGCACAACGAGCUCUGGGGCCACAUCCCGGAGGGCAUCUGCGCGCUGCCCAGCCUCCGCAACUUCACCUACUCGUACAACUACUUCUGCACGGAGCCGCAGCGCUGCCUCGACAUCCGCCGCAUCGACGACCGCCAGAACUGCAUCGCCGGCCGCCCCGACCAGCGCCCCGGCGACCAGUGCCUCGCCUUCCUCCACCGCCCGCCGCCGCGCUGCGACGAGCACGGCUGCUUCGGCCCGCCGCACUACUAGGCGGCCAGCUCCUCGAUCGCGCGCGCCGGGUGGGAGGGAGAGGGAGAGAGACAGCCGGCGCCGCCCGGCCGCGCCGCCGCGGCCGCGACUUGUAAAAUCCGUUGCUUGGUGGUGGGAUUUGAGUGGAGGGUAAAAUUGGUAAACAGAAACGACCGUAUAUAUUAUACACUGUAAUUUUUCCUCUUCUUCUUUCCUCUUUCUUUUUCACAGGAGUGGUAUUGGAGUAUAUGUUGGAACUGUAGAGAGACAUGAUAGUGCAUUGAUUAUUACAGUGUUAAUUUAAUCACCCACUGACCAGUAAUAAUCUCUGUACUUGUUCCUCAUCAUACAAAUACUACCUCUAAAAUUUCUUCA